UGUGCAAAGGUCCCGAGGCAGGAGCUCUUUACUUGCCUGAUAUGUUCAGGGGACUGCAGGGAGGCCAGUAUGGCUGGAGCAGUUGGGUGGGGAAGGAUAGGAUGUCAGAAGGGAACCAGAGAGGAUUUAUUGACCUCUCCAUCCCCAGUACUAAGAAGUGUGCUCAGAACAUAGUAGGUGUUCAGAAAAAAUGUGUUGAAUGUUCACGUGACACUUUAACACCAAAGUUGGGGGAUGGUAGAGAAAACCUUGAAUAGACAAAUUAAGUGUCCUGCUGACCAAGCAGAGUGGAAGGCUUAUCACAGAAAUGAAAUAAGAUUGUUAACUUGUCACAGAACAAAUGUGGGAACUGUGACCUCACAUCCCAUGGGGGUGGACUACAGUUCAUCCUGCUGCCCAGGGCUGAGACUUGAGUUUCAUGGAUGACCUCACAAAGUCCAGGGUGGUGCCCAGCCCGCUCCACAGCCCCAGUCCACCAUGUUGACCACCCUGUGGCUGCUGCUCAGCUUUGCUGUCUCGGUGCUGAGGUCACACUUUUCCAUCAGCUGUCCUAAUUGGCAUUGCCAACUGGCCCUACUCUCAAACAAUGAUAUCUUCCUGCACUGCAGUGCCUCUGGGGCACAGUGGCAAUUCUUCUUCCUGUCAGUCAAGACCACCUGGACCAACAACCCCUUCACUAACUCCAACGUGGAAACAAUGCCCGAUGGCAGCCUUCUCAUUAGAAAUCCAUUGCCCUUGCAGACAGGCUUCUACAACUGCCAGGACAAGGAUGGCAAGAAAGUGGUACAGUACGAAAUUGACUUCCAGGAUAUUGAAACCAUACAUAUCACACACAAAGGCCUGGGCCGAGAGCCCCUGCAGAAUGAGACCCUGAGUCUGGGUGGCAAGGAGCUCAUCUUCACCCACUGGGAGCCCUGGCAGGACUGUAACCGCUGUGGGGAGCCAGGUGAGCGCAAACGCCUGGGGUACUGCUACAUCGAGGAGCCCCUGGAAACGCCCAUGCCCUGCUGGCUCUAUCUGGGAGAUGUGAAUCUGUGGUCCAGUCGCACGCGGCCUGAGAUGCAGGUGGAAGCCUGCCACGUCCAGUGCACGUCCUCAAACGUGGACUACGUCACUUUUGACAACUUCAAGCUCAGUGAGAAGUUGGGAUCUGCGUGGCUCACCUGCCCCUUAGGAUCCAUCUACAGGCCCAUCAUCUGGGAAGCCGACAACCUCCCCCUGACCUGGAAGGACCAGCUCUCGGGCCAGGCUGUCAGCACCGUCCUGGACACCUCCAACGUGCAGGUCUUCCAGCCAGCCACUUACAAAUGCUUCGUGCAGCAGGAGCUCUCGGCUCAAUUCAACCCCAAGUCCCAUCUGGAUAUACCGGCGUCUCUGAGCACAGAAGACUCUGGACAACAGCCGGAGGUAGAGGAGGCCCAGAAGGGAAAGGCUGACCCCAUCCUCAAGGGGCUGAGGCUGCUGCUGCUAGCGGGCACAGUCCUGGGCCUGCUUGGGGCGCUGCUCAAACUCUUCCACCCUUCCCGGGGCAGGAGGAGAAACCAGGUGUUGCUGGUGAAAUAAAGCGAGCCCUCGGGGCCCAGGAGA